AUGGAGGCGCUCUGUCUCAGCUUCAACGGCGGCAAGGACUGCACCGUACUGCUGCACGCCCUCGUCGUGCUGCUCUAUCACCACCGCCGAGAGCGACCAUUUGAGAUGCUCAAUCUGCUGCUGAUCGAGACGACGGCGCCCUUUCCCGAGCAGGAGCUCUUCAUCCGGCGCAUCACCACCUACUUUCGCUGCCGUCUGCUCACCUACAAGGCCGCCGACCUGAAGUCCGCUCUGUGGGCGGUGAAGCGCAACAGCGGUGACCGUCUGAAGGACAUCUUCAUGGGCGUCCGGCGCAGUGACCUGCCCGAGGCGGUCCGCUCCAGCCUGACCACCACUCAGCUGACGGACACUGACCGCGGCUGGCCGGCCUUUACGCGCAUCAGUCCGCUGCUCGACUGGAGCUACUCGGACGUCUGGCGGUACAUUCGAGCCUUGGAGGUGCCCUACUGUGCCCUCUACGACUACGGCUACACGUCCAUCGGUGAGCCGAGCAAUACAGUGCCUAAUCCGCUGCUAAAGAAGGAGGUAAUGUCCGGUGACUUGCCUUUUGGGUCGCCGCUUUCUUCAUCAGCGGAAGAGAACUGUUACUACCUGCCUGCGUACCUGCUCGAUGAGGAGUGCACAGAAAGAAGUGGCUCUCGAGUGUAG